AUGUUUUUGAAUAUCGUCAAAUUGUUUGUCAUAUCAUGGAUUGUUCAAGGUGACGCGCAGGAAUCGAGAAUUGUAGGCGGUAAGGAUGCUUCCGACUCGUUGGCUCCAUACCAAGUGUCAUUAAGAAGUACAGGCGGAUCAAAAUAUCACUUCUGUGCGGGCUCUAUUAUAAGCGAAAAUUUGAUUCUCACCGCCGCACAUUGUACCAAUGGCCUAGAAGUAGACCAGAUAGCCGCAGUGGUAGGAACAAACAAACUUUCAUCUGGAGGAGAUCAUUAUGAGAUAAAUAAAAUAAUAAUUCACGAGAAUUUUGUAGCUGAGCGUCUCCAGAAUGACAUAUCACUUUGUCAAAUAAAAGAAGAAUUUAACUUCAAUGAUAAGGUUAAACCGAUAAGGUUAGAUUCGAGACCUAAAAUUAGACCUGGAUCUAGGUGUGUAUUGACAGGGUGGGGAUUCACAGAUAACCAAAGAACAGUACCGGACAAUCUUCAAGUGUUAAAUGUAACGGUAUUGAGUAAUAGGCGAUGCUCAGAGAAACUGGCACAGACGAGAGAUCUUACACCUAUUGAAAAAACCCAAAUGUGCACAUUGAAUAGAGAAUCAGAAGGCGCAUGUAACGGUGACUCUGGCGGACCUCUAGUCAGGAAUGGAAAACAAGUGGGCAUAGUAUCGUGGGGAAUACCAUGUGCUCGUGGCUUCCCAGAUGUAUUCGUAUAUGUACCAGCAUAUUACGACUGGAUUAAUGAGCAUAUACAAUAA